AAAGCGCUUCAUUCACGUGCUUGGUCCUCGCGGAGCACUGCAGCGCGACGUGUUUAUCCGCAGUGAAGUCCAGUACCCUGACGGUCCGUUCUGUCUUACUGUGCUUCACACUCUUAACAACACUGUGGGUGGCAGGGAUUUGUAACUUCUUCGGGCAGCUUUCUCCCUUUUUACUGCUGACAAACUGAUAAGAGCACUUCCGGCUGCAGUCAGCCACUUUUUAUGAGGUUAAAGUCUGGAGAAGGCAGCGAUAUAUUUAAUUCUGUAGCUUAUAUUUUUUCUUUAGAGUUCUGCUGGUUAUCUACUGACUUUAAGUAGUGAAAAACAUGAAACUGAUAAUACUCAGCGACUACGAUGAAGCCAGCGAGUGGGCAGCAAAGUACAUCAAAAACAGAAUCAAUCGUUUCAGUCCGACUCCGGAUAAAUUCUUCACUUUGGGCCUUCCAACGGGGAGCACCCCCCUUGGAUGCUACAAAAAACUGAUUGAGUAUUACAAGAAGGGGGAAAUCUCGUUUCAGUAUGUAAAGACUUUUAAUAUGGAUGAGUAUGUAGGUCUCCCAAGAGAUCACCCAGAAAGUUAUCACUCUUUCAUGUGGAAUAACUUUUUCAAGCACAUUGACAUCCGGUCAGAGAAUGCACACAUACUGGAUGGCAAUGCUCCAGACCUGCUGAAAGAAUGUCAAAGCUUUGAGGACGAGAUUAAAUCUGCUGGUGGGAUUGAUCUCUUCAUUGGUGGUAUUGGACCUGAUGGUCACAUUGCUUUCAAUGAACCUGGUUCCAGCCUUGUGUCCCGCACCCGGGUGAAGACAUUGGCUAUGGACACUAUCCUGGCCAAUGCUCGCUUCUUUGAUGGAGAUCUGUCCAAAGUUCCUACAAUGGCUCUCACCGUAGGCGUGGGCACAGUAAUGGAUGCACGGGAGGUGAUGAUUCUCAUCACCGGUGCACACAAAGCCUUUGCUCUUUAUAAAGCCAUCGAGGAGGGUGUGAACCACAUGUGGACCGUCUCCGCGUUCCAGCAACACCCUCAGACUAUCUUUAUAUGUGACGAGGACGCCACCCAAGAGUUGCGGGUCAAGACGGUGAAGUAUUUCAAAGGUAUGAUGCAUGUUCACAAUAAGCUGGUGGAGGAACCAUAGUUUACUGUAGUCAGAAGGAGAAAGGACAUUCUUGAAGUCUUGAAGAUACAACCAUAAAACCUAAUUAAUAUAUUGUACACUUAUGUAUUUUAUUAAAUUAGGUUAUUUUAAAGUUCUGUUUUGUAUUUGCAAUAAUGCAUUUAAAUCAAAUGUUUAUAUAUCAGUUUUCUGGUCAGAGAGCAAGUGUAUGAUGUUCUUUCCUUAGUUCUGCAUAACUUGUCAUUUAUUUUGUCUUUCAAUGCACUGAAUAUCCCAGUAGAACAUGUUUUGGUUUUUUUUGUGGGAUUUUAAUGUGGUUGCUAAAACUCAUAUCAGCUGAUUUCCAGCUCACAAAUACAUAAGCCAUGCUUUACUAGUUUCAAGGGGGAAACAAAACUAACUAUUCCACUUUAUGUACUCUAAAGUGGAAUCGUUUAUGCAUACAUCUUAAUGCCCUCACCAUAAAUGCUGUAACGUUGUCGCUGGCCCGAGCGCCGGUGGCCGUGGAGCAGGACACACAGACUCCCUCGAGGUGAAACAUUUAUUAACAUAAAACAUGUAGAACAAUGGCACUCACACACAACACUAACGACAGACAUGACUUAUACAUUUAACUAAACAUAGACUACAAUCACAUUUAACAAAUGACUAUCCACGCGCUGACGGGGACACAUUAACACGUAACCCGUACAGGUGCGCGUCUUCACGGGGGUG